AUGCUGGAUUCAACCCUUUCGACACUUGAAACCAAACUGGAUCAAUGCCGUGAGUUGUUGGACCAGCUUGUGGAUUGUCUAUUGGGGUGCAACUUCAAAGAUGAGUUGACCGGGCUGGAUUAUAGCAAGGUGUUUGCUGCGAUCUCCUUCACUUUAUGUUCCCUGCAUUACGUUAAUCAGAAGCUGAAGGGUCAUAACCCUGCGAAUUAUCCUAUAUUUAAAGAGUUGUUGCGAGUGAAGCGUUACAUGGAAGAAAUACACGGAAUUAUGACCAGAGAGGGUCGUCCAAAACUGAAUCGGUCUGCAGCGCGAAAAAUAGUCCGUUCGCUGACCUAG